AUGGGCUUUGAUGAUGACAUAGAAAGAAGAUGGGCUUUCCAUCAUCAGCUUGUCACCUUCUCUGACAGUCUGAUACCAGGCCGCCGUGGUGGCCGCUGCCCCGACAGCUUUGCCACCUACUUCCCCAGGGUUCUGAAGCAAGUUCACGAGGGCCUAAGCCUCUCGCAGCAGGCCGUGAGCAUCAUGGAUUCGUUCGUCAAGGACAUGUUCGAGCGCAUCGCCGACGAGGCGUCUCGCCUGGCCCGCUCCACCAAGCGCUCCACCAUCACCUCCGGGGAGAUCCAGACAGCCGUGCGCCUGCUGCUGCCCGGGGAGAUGGGCAAGCACACCGUGUCCGAGGCCACCAAGGCUGUCAUCAGGUUCAACAGACGCGAAUGA